AUGGCUGAUGUCGAAGAGCUGCGAGGCUUUCUUUUGAGUAUUAAAAAUUUGUUUGACUACAGCAUGCAAGCAUAUCGGAAUAAAGAUUCAGUUAUUGCUGAACAUUCUAGGGAAUUGGCUAGUGCGAUAGGUAAGAAGCGUUUCAAACCUCGCGAAAAAACCAUUGCUCGUGUAUGGCAAAGAUCUGAUGAUACUUCCUUUUUGUUUUCUAUUUGUUUGGACCAUGCAGGCGAAAUACUUCUUGGCGCCAAAUGGAGUGACCUAAGACAUACGCUAUCAGAAUUUGUUGACUCAAAGACAUUUGGCGAAGCAAAACAAAAUGAUCUUUUAAGCGUGUUAGAUGAGGACGAAAGAGUGAAAGAAGCCACUGUCAGUUUAUGUAAGGACGAAAAGAAAUCUGUCGACGAAACGGUUGAUGAGGUCGUCGAGAAAAUCGGUAAAGAAACUGUUGGAAGAAAAGGCUCUCACCAGUUUGACAAUGUUUCAGGAAAAGCCGUUUGUAGAAAGGAAAAGUACACCAAACGUAUAUCAUACGAAGAUAUGACAUGGUCUCUGGUUGGCAAAGUAGAUGCUCGUGACAAGGAUACAAUUAUAGAAGUGAAGAACAGAAAAGAACGAUUUAUGCAACCAGAAUAUGACAUCAUUCAGUUACAAGCAUAUAUGUUUAUUUCUGGUAAGCAAAAAGGAAUCUUGCUGGAGAGGUUUCGUGGUGAAAAUAAGAAAACAAACUUCGAUUUUAAUGAGUCAGACUGGAAUAACGUCAUCAUUCCUGAUAUGUACAAGUUUGUUAAAGAUGUGGAAAAUAAGAUUUUGACGAACCACAACCUUUUAUAUGGUUUCACUCCACCAAAUACACCAAAGAAACGAAGUGUCAAUCUUCCUACUGAAUCUCCAUCCAAAUUUCCGAGAAUGAAAUGAUCAAUUGUACUUGAAAGUUAUUCAAUCGGUAAAUCUAACCAGGUCUUUCUUAGAUAAUAACAAUUCAUUUUGCUCGUAUUUGUUGCCGUUGGACCCUGAAAGUGACAAACAAUUGUCUGAUUUAUUCCUAGAUAAUUUUUAAUUAGAUGAAUAAUUUAUGCUGUAAUAUUUAUUCUGUACUCAUAAUUUAUACUUGUAAUAAUGUGAUAUUUAUUAAACAACUUUCAAUCGUGUAAGUGAAUUAAA